AUGUCUGUUGAUAAUCUCGCCAAGGUUGAAGCCGCUCAACAGGCCGUCUUGAGGAAGACUCAUGGAGGCAAGGCGGGAGCCCAGUUUGUUCAGGAGGUCAAGGAAUCCCUUCUUUUUCAAUACAACUGGAAUGAGCUUCUUUCCGCAGCUCCAACUGCCAUUACAUUAGUUGGUUCCUGCCAUGUUGCCACGGCCUCACCCGAUGCUGCAAGGAUUAGCUUGAAAGACUCUGUCCCAGUUGGGGGAUUCAAGUAUCUGCGUGUCGCCCAAAAUCCAACCCUCAGAGCGUGGCGUGUCUGGUAUUUCCAGUCUUCCAACAUCAUAGAGACCAUCGCUCGCACUGUCAGGGCCAUCCAGGGUCUCCCAGACACUCAGCGCAACUUAACGAACGAGCUUGUAAAGUUGCGAAGGUUGUCCACCUUUUGCCUCACCUAUGCCCAAGAAACCGAAAAGGCCUUUGAUACCUGGCUUCUGGCUGUUUCCGAGUUCCAUCAGGCCUCUGUUCAGGAACACGGGAAGACUGAGAAGCAGUCUCAAACGAACCUAAGCGCUAUGUUACGGGCCGAGAUCGAGGCAAGUUACAAAAACAAGGAACUCGAGAGGGCCGACAAGGCUUCUGAAGAGAUGAAGGAGUCGCUCCAGAAGCAGGAGAAGGCAUUCCAAACCGCUAACGAUGCUGUGCCAUCUGCUUGGGAGACCUGCGCUAUGGGUGCUCUGACCUCUAUUACUUCGGCAGGACCCGUGCUUAUUGCCCAGGCACUGCCUGCCAUUAUCAGUGCCGCCAAUCCCAUGACUGGAGUCAAUGGACUUGUAAAUGGGCUAACUCAAAUUGGUCGCCAAGGUGCGCUCAACGCUGCGGGUGCACCGCCCUUUGCCCGGGCUCUUCUCGGUGCCCAUCAAGGCGGUCAGCCUGGGGGCGCAACCCUCCAGUUCAACGACGCAACUCCUGAGACCGAUCCUGCCUAUGUCGCAGCCCCUCUUCUUGCCCCCUUCAUCACCACGCUCUUGACUUAUCUUACUGCUGGUGAGGGCAAUACCCCCGACUGGUCAAAGUUCAAGGAUCAGGCGUCUAAGAACGGAGCCGGUACUGAGGGCCUGACUUGGCUCCUCACCAACCUCGAGAUGCAACAGAAGUCUGCAAAGCUGGGUACCGGUCAACCUAGCGUUGAGCUGACCGCUGUCUUUGACUCCAGUAUUGCUAUCGUCGAGGAUAUCAAAAAAGAGGUCGCCAAUCAGCAAAGUUUUACUUCCGCCAAGACUGACCCGGCCUCCAUUAAGAAGUGGCAAGAUGCCAUCACCAAGGCGAAGCUUGCCGUCACAAAGCUUGAAGCUACAGCAAAGUCGUUCCCUGGAUCCUCCUCGAAUGCACCAAAGUUGAAUAACAUCUCUGUGGACAAGAAGGACAAUAGUGCCGUCACUGCCGCCCUUAGCACGGCCACCGAGAAACUUGCCCUUAAUCAAAGAGCCCUCGAGACUGCCCAGACCAACUAUACUAAUGCUGUAGCAGCUGCCGCGGAAGUUCAGAAGAGGCUGACUGGGAUUCAGACUAAACUUAAGGGCAUUGAGAUUACUGGAAAAGCCCUUGAGCGCGUCAAAGAGAUCUUGAUUGAAUGCAUCGCCAUUCUGGUUGAGCUUAAGGUGCAGAUCAGCAAGCUAACCACCUUCUUCAACGCUCUUUCUACCAUGGUCAAGGUCAUUAUUGAUACCAAGGUGAAGAACUUUGACACUGACGCCACCGCUGUUGGUGAGGAGGCGUCUCAGAAGGGCAUGCUGAAGCUUAAUGAUCUCGACAUCGAGACCAUCUACAUGUCGACUCUGCAGAUCAAAGCAUACUUUGAUCUUCUACAGAUGACCUGCCAGAUGUAUACCAAUGUGCAUGCCAAAUACGUCAAUCCGGGCCUUCACCUUCUCACGGAACUAAGCAAGGUCUCAAAGACUGCUGAGGAGAUCGCUCCCAAGCGCGACCAGCUUAAUAACUUCACAGAUGCUGCUAACAAGGCUAUAAAUGAGCUUGUUGCUCAGAAGCAGCAGGAAAUCUCCGACGGCCUUCAAUCCCGCAUCGAUGCAAUCGCAGAGCAAACAGACAUUUUACACAAGGUCGGCGUUCCCAUGCCUGCGGCUGGCAUCAUUCAGGCUAUGAGGACUGGCGGUGAGGUAAUCAAGGAUGCGGUCAAGGACAAUCUGCCCAGCGGUAUGCGUGUGGAGCAGAACCUGGAAACACUAGAUCCUUGUCAAGCCGUACACGGCACAGACUCGGCGAGUGCGGCUAGUUUCCCAGCCGGGUGGGUAAAGAGUGGACCGAGCAAGCGAUUCGAAAACUUGGAUAUACCAAUAAUCCAUUCCGUUCUGCCCAUGUCUGAGCUUCUGGCAUUUUUGAAAGAAUUUUUGAAACUUUCUCAGACUUCCGGUGAAAGAAAGUUUCAAUCUCUCAGCACAACAACGAUGAACGGCACCAACGGCACAAAUGGGCACCAUGCAAUCCCGCAGACGCUCAAAAGAGCCGAGGAAGUAGAGGAUCUGCUCGAUGCCGUCAAGGGUCUGAUCGUCCCGUACAUCAGAGCAGCCGAUGAGGCAGCUGGCCAAAAGGCCAACGGCUUCACAUCCGUUGACAUUGAAGGCGUCCCCAGCAAUGUCUUGGUCGACACCCAGAAGCCUGAGGCGUUGGUCGAAAAGUUGAAGCUCUCUCUUCCCGAGGGCGAUGGGCUCGGUAAGGAGGGCUUGCUCGAUGUCGUGCAAAAGAUCCUUAGGUACAGCGUCAACACCUGGGAUCAGGGCUUCAUGGAUAAGUUGUAUGCAAGCAAUACUCCGGUUGGCGUCGUCUCCGAUCUCGUUCUAUCUGUCCUAAACACAAAUCUCCACGUCUACCAAGUCUCGCCUGCACUGAGCAUAAUCGAAAAGAUCACGGCACGAAAGUUUGCAAACCUCUUCGGCUUCAACGGCCCCCGCGCCGGCGGCGUCACCUGCCAGGGCGGCAGCGCCUCCAACCUGACCUCCCUCGUCGUGGCGCGGAGCGCUCUCUACCCCGAGACAAAGGCAUCCGGCAACGGCUCGCACGACUUUGUCAUCUUCACCAGCGCCCACGGCCACUACUCUGUCGAGAAGAGCGCUCUCGCCUGCGGCCUCGGCGCGUCGAGCGUGUGGGCCGUGCCCAUCGACGACGCCGGACGCAUGAUCCCCGAAGCCCUCCGCGAGCUCGUCGUCCGCGCCAAAGCCGAGGGCAAGACGCCCUUGUACGUCAACUCGACCGCCGGAACGACAGUCAUGGGCUCCUACGACCCCUUUGAGGAGAUUUCGAGCAUCUGCAAGGAGUUUGGCCUGUGGUUCCACAUCGACGCCAGCUGGGGAGGGUCUGCCAUCUUCUCGGGGAAGCAAAAGGCAAAGCUCAAGGGCUCCCAUCUAGCCGACUCGUUGACGGUCAACCCACACAAGAUGAUGAACGUGCCCGUGACGUGCUCGUUCCUGCUGACGCCGGACGAGAAGGUAUUUCACAAGGCAAACACCUUGCCUGCCGGGUACUUGUUCCACAACGUGGACGAGGCCGAGGACGUGUGGGAUCUGGCGGACCUGACCCUCCAGUGCGGACGUAGGGGCGACAGUCUGAAGCUGGCGCUGGCCUGGAUCUACUAUGGCGCCGGCGGCUUUGAGCAGCAGAUUGAUCAUGCGUUUUCCCUGGCGGAGCACCUCGCGACGUUGGUGCAGAAGAGCGACAACUUUGUCCUGGUCUCGUCGAACCCGCCACCUUGCUUGCAGGUCUGCUUCUACUAUGCGCCAAACGGCCAGCUUGCAGAGGAACCCGAGGCGAACACGAGACGGACCAGCGAAAUGGUCCACAAGCUGAUACAGCGCGGCUUCAUGAUCGACUAUGCUCCUGGGGAACGAGGUAGCUUCUUCCGGGUUGUCGUCAACUGUCAGACCCUACAGGGAACCGUCGAGGGCUUGGUCAAGGCGCUAGAAGAAGUCGGCAAGGAGAUUGCGGCAUGUCAGACUCGGCCGAACCAAUGCCAGCAGAAGGUUCAUAGACGAGAUGCUGCGUGCGCAAUGUGUUUGGGCGUUGAUGGCGCUACCUGCAUGAAAUUAGACCAGGAGAUGAGAAGAAUCGAAGCGAACCUAGAUGGAAGACGGAGGAGACAUUUCUGGGGGAGCAUGGAUGAUGAGCCUGUGUUCGGUACGACGAACCCGCCCAGUUCCCCAGCAAAAUACUUUUCGCCUUGCAAUCUCCAGCCCUCAAUCACAAUGCCGAAGCCGAGAACGAAACGUCAAGCGAUCCGCGACGAGCGGAAGAAGAAGAGGAGGGAGGUGGAUGAAGAGAAUUACGAGGCGAACAAACAGGAACGAUCGUCGAAGCGCAGGCGGGUCGAGGACGAGGAACAGCAUGGCGAACAACAGCCCGCCUUCGACGAUGCGGCGAACGAGCAGGAGCAGUCAUUCCGUGGCAAUGGGCCCGAGGUGGAGUUCUUCGGAAUGCUUGCCGACGAGGAACAGGAAUACUUCCGCCGCGCCGACGAGCUGCUCGAAUUGAACCAGUUUCCCUCCUCCGAGGAGCGCGACGUCUUCCUGCAAAACGUGUACAAGGAGGCGCGGGGCAAGGAAUUGAAGUUGGCCAGCAGUCAAUCGCUUUCACGACUCAUGGAGCGCCUCAUUAUCCUUUCGAACACAAGACAGAAGAAGCAGAUCUUCAACGCUUUUGCUACUCAUUUCCUGUCACUGGUACAGCAUCGAUUUGCCAGUCACUGCUGCGAGAAGCUAUUCCUCGAAUCGGCACCCGUUGUGACACAAGAGUUGGGAGGUAUCGUGCCGGAACCAAAGGCGGACGACGAGAUGGAUACUGAGGAGGACGGCGAGCCGACGCCUGAGAACACCAUGGAGGAUCUCUUCCUUAUGACCCUCGAUGAGUUCGAACAGCACAUGGGAUUCCUCCUGACGGACAGAUUCGGGUCUCAUACCCUGCGCGUGCUCCUGGUCGUUCUGUCUGGAAGACCACUGGACGACGCAGCUACCAAGUCGAUGCUGAAGAGCAAGAAGAAGGAGUACAUUUCCGUCCAGGGAGCCACAGCAACCGCAGACGAACUCACCCACCAGCUGAGGGCCGUUCCCGAAUCCUUCACCAUGGCCACCAAGAAGAUCAUCCAGGAUGCUGUUUCUGGUAUGGACUUUACCGCGCUGCGCGUGCUCGCCAAGCACCCCACGGGCAACCCUCUCCUCCAGCUCCUGCUCGAACUCGACAUCUCCCUCAACCACAAGAAGGAAUCCGCAGCAUCAACAAAGGACACCCUGCUGUACAGGCUGUUGCCCGACGCACCUAAAUCUCUGAGCGACGAGUCAUCGCAGGCGGCAGACUUUGUCAACAGCAUGGUGUACGACCAGAUCGGAUCUCGCCUUCUCGAAACGCUCCUCACAAACUGCCCCGGCAAGAUCUUCAAGGCGCUCUCUCGCAACUUCUUCGGCGAGCGCAUCGCAACCUAUGUCCGCAACGACAUUGCCUCGUACCCCGCCCUCCGCGUUCUGAACCGUGCCAGCAAGGACGACCUUGUCGAGGCCGUCAAGAAGAUUGUCCCCGCCGUGCCCCUCUUGGUGACCAAGGCUCGGUACAACGUGCUCAAGACUCUCUUUGAGCGCUGCGAGGCCCGUGGCGCAUAUGAGGAGAAGAGUGCGCUCACAAGAGCCCUCACCGACGCGCUCGGCUCCAACCCCAAGGACGUAGUGCCGAAGCUGUGCCAUCUCGUCGAGGAAGAGCCUGCCGCAGACGACAAGAAGUUCCAGCAGGAUGGUCCGCAGAACAAGACCGCCGUUGCCAACCACGGCUGUCAACUCGUAACAGCUAUGCUCAAGACCUCAGGCAAUCCCGUCAAGGUCGCCCAGAAAUCCCUCCUCGCCACGCCCCCAGACCUCCUCGUCAAGCUCGCAACCACGUCAAUGGCAUCAAUGACCGUCCUGACGACAGCCCUCGCCACCCCGGCAGCCCCCCAAAACGAGUUUUUCCACAAGGCGCUCGUCGGUGCGAUUGCCCCGCACGCGGCCGAGCUCGCCCAGUCGCAGUUUGGCCACAACAUCGUGCUCGCCAUCAUCGAGGUGCCCUCGCGCGGCACAGACCGGUCGAUCCCGUUUCACGUCAAGCAGACCAUCAUCGGCGCGCUGGCGGAGCACGAGAGGGCCCUGCGUGACUCCUGGAUGGGCCGCAGCGUCUGGCGCACGUGGAAGGGUGACAUGUGGAAGACGAGGCGUUCCGACUGGGUCAAGUGGGCCAAGGAGGUGGAUGGGCCGGCCGAGGAGACCAAGUUGAAGCCGUGGGAGAGGAGGAAGUUGGACCAGCAAAGGGGGCUUCAGCCGAGACCAGCGGCCGCCGCCCCGGCGAGAGGGAAGGUUGAUGCGGAGGAGCAGCAGGAGGAUAUAGAUCAAGGCAAGUUGAUAGGAAACGACGACACUGUUCUCGAUAUCGGAUGCCAAAGGAGGACCGGGGCUGCUUCGACCACUCGGGAAAGAGCGGGGCGCCGAGACUGCCGAGCCGGGCCCGGCCUUCUCAAUCUGUCGAUCCAGACGGGGUUCCGGCUUGGCUUCUUCGAUGCCCACGACGACAAUUUCCAUAUAUCAGACCGACAAAAUCUCGUGGCAUCCAUGCAAGCUCAAAUUCAAAAUAUAGACUGCGUCCCAAAGCUUAGCCGGAAAUUGCUCCUUGAGAUGGCACAAGGUUUGAUUAAUUCACCCUGUCUUAGAUUGACAAGUCUUCACCUCGCAGAACAUGAGAAAAAGAGCCGCAGGGUAGUGUGCCGCACAUCCGGCCCUGGUCCUAGUCAAGCGCAAGUUCAAGCGCGGGGAUCACUACUACCAACUGGUAAAGGGACCAAGUUUCAACACCGCAACUCGCAAGGUCAGUCGAGGAAACGGGGAAUUAUUUUCCAUCCAAUCACCCGCAACGGUGGAUCGUCUGAACUCGCGUUCGUUUGCCUAUCCCCCUUUUGGGACCCCCUGACUCCUACACUCCCCUCCCCCUCCGCAAUUGAGGCUGCUUCUGCCCACCGGGACCAACAAAAUCUGCGGGUGUACCAUUUUCGAUAUGCUCUGACCCGGGAGACCGAUGUUACCCUUCCUCUCCAUUCUGCUCACCCUCUCUCCCAACGUCAACCCACGGUCUCUACAUUCUUCGCCGCCGUCAUGCUGUACCGCAACCUGCUGCCAGUGGCAUUCUCUCUCGCGGCCCCCGCGCUCGCGCAGACGACCAAAUGCGUUAUUUCGCCCUCCAGCAAUGCGACAUCGGACGCGGCUGCCAUCGCCGAGGCGUUCACCAAGUGCGCUAGCAAUGCCGAGAUCAUCUUCCGUGAGGGCGUCGAGUACAAGGCCUACGAGCCGAUUGUCGCCACCAAGCUUUCCAACGUCGUCAUCACCGUCAACGGCAACAUCACUCUGCCCGAGGACAUCCCCACCGUUCAGGCUCUUGUUUCUGCCAAGGGCGGCACGCUCACAUGGUUCCAAAUCGGCGGCACCAACGUCCAAUGGAUUGCCUCGACUGAUCCUCACGCCGGAUGGAUCAAGUCCCAUGGACAAGCCUGGUGGGACGCCAACAAGCCCGGCGAGGCCGGCACGCCCAACCGGCCCCAUCUCAUGCAGUUCAGCGUCACCAACGGCAUCAUGAAGAACAUGAAGUCCCUCAAGCCCAUCGGCUGGAACUUCUCCAUCAAGGGCAAGAACAUCACAAUCUCUGACACCGUCAUCGACGCCCGCUCCGAGACGAGCAGUUUCCCCUUCAACACAGACGGCUUCGACGUCGGUGCAACGGACGUGACCAUCACAAACAGCAACAUCUUCAACGGCGACGACGCCAUCGCCAUCAACGACGGCGCCAACAACGUCCUCUUCAAGCACGCCACCAUCGGCUUCGAGACCCACGGCAUGAGCGUCGGCUCGCUGGGCUCAAAGGUCGCCUCUGUAGCUGAUGUGAAGAACAUCCGCUUCGAGGACGUGGAUGUCCACGGCGGGCUGUAUGCUGCGCGCUUCAAGAGCUGGAUUGGUGGGCAGGGGUUGGCGAAGAAUAUCACCUGGAGCAACAUCCGCCUCGACAACGUUACCUUCCCCAUCUUUGUUACACAGACCUACUUCAACCAGGCGAGCGCUGGCGGCGACAGGCCCAACAACUCGUCCGUCAUGAUGGAGGACUUCACCUGGGAGCACUUCUCCGGCAGCAUCAACACCAACAACCCUGGUGACGGAUCCUGCACCACAAACCCUUGCUGGUACAACGCUGGACUGCCCAACCUCACCCACACCGAGGCCGUCAUCAUUGAGUGCAACACCCAGACGUCUUGCAAGAACUUCCAGACCAGAGACAUCAAGAUCCACCCCCAGAGCUGCGGCGCCCCCAAGCUCAUCUGCAUGAACGCGAUGCCGACGCUCAACCCUAACCUCGGCUUCGAGUGCGCCAACGGCACAUUCGCGCCCACCGCAUGA